GACGCACAUUCCAAAUCAGCAAUAAAACACCUGAUGAAGCGCUCACCUGCUUAUCAAGACUACAGACUGCUGAAGUGGAGUUAACAUGGGCACUGAGUCAGAAAAUAAUAGCGUCCUUAAAGAGGGGUUUCUGGUGAAAAGGGGCCAUGUGGUUCAAAAUUGGAAAGCUCGUUGGUUUGUACUUCACCCGGACAGACUUAUGUAUUAUAAAUAUAUGGGCAGCAAACGGGACUCCUGCCAUCGAGGGACCAUACUGUUGAGCAACUGCAAAAUCACAUGUCCUUACCUGGAGUACGAAAACAGACCGUUGGUGCUGAAGCUGCAGACCAGCACUUCAGAGGAGCACUUUCUAGAGGCUUGCACUAGGGAGGAACGUGAUGAAUGGGCUGCAGUGAUUGGUGCAGCGGUACAGAACCUCAGUUCACAUGAUGCACAGACCCCCUCCCCAUCACAGAUAAAAGGUUCCACAUCACUCCAGCUUCACAACGUCAACCUCAGUCAGGUGGUGGACUCCAUGUAUGACGUACACACUGGUAUCCGGCUAUGCAGUCAUGUUGAGCAGGGCAGCUCUUACACAAACUGUUUCUCAGGUGCAGCAGUGGUGGACUGGUUUGUGUUUAAUAAGUUGGCUCUGACUCGUGUGGAGGCAGUAACAUUAGGCUCUGCACUGCUGGAUGAGGCCUCCCUGCGGCCCAUCGGGGUCAGGAGCGCAGACGCUUUUCGUAACGCAGCUCUAGGAGAACAGUUCCUCGAUGACUCCACUGCACUCUACUGCUUUUCCCAAAGCUUCCAGAAGAGGGGCAGUGUGAAAGCAGAGAAGUCUUGGUCUGUGGUGGAACUCGGUGGAAAAGUGGUGAAGAGAGGUUACCUGCUCAAACAGGGGCACAAAGUGAAGAACUGGAAGGUGAGAUUGUUUGUUCUGAGGGCAGAGCCUAGUUUCCUGCACUAUUAUGAUCCUAGCAAGGAUGACAUCAGUCCGGUUGGCAGUAUAUCCCUGCGUGGCUGUCUGGUGUCUGCUCUGGAUGAUAACGGCACACCGUCAGGUGUUAAAGGUAAAGUUCAGGGGAACCUCUUUAAAAUCAUCACUCAGAUGGACACACACUAUUACAUCCAGGCCCCAACACACGAAGAGAGGAUGGACUGGAUCCAAUCUAUUAGACUACUGACUUAAGAAGGCCAUUGUUGGUAUUGCUAAAUCUAUAUUUCUGUCUGUCACACAUCUUUAGAAAUCUUGUGCUGUUUUAAUAGUUGUAGAUGUGGUGUUUGUGUAUGUACAAAGAAAACUGAUGUGUUAUGCAGAGAAAAAAAAAACUUAUACAUUUAUAAUAAAAAAGGUAAUACACGUGGGGCCAGCACAAGGCCUCAUUCAAGUCAGCGUAUACAAUAUUUCCAUUCAAAGUUCAGAUUUUCCAAAGUCUAAAGUUUGUUUUUUUUAAUGUUUUUUUCUUUCUUUCUUAUGUUUAAUAUAAUGUGCAGGUAGGUAGUAAAGCUUAUUCAUUCAGUGAAUGUACUUUGAAUGCAGAAAUUAUGAUCAUUGUGAAAUGUAUUUUGUCAAAUUUUGUAAAAUAAAGUUAUUUUUCAAUAACUGUUAUAAA